AUGCCCGAAGAGGAGGUGGAGGACACCUACGACCCCGAAUGCCACUUCUGCGUCAUCGGCAAAACCGCAAAGCCCACCCCCAACCCCACCAUCGCCGCCAGCCCUCUCGCCUCCGCCUACCUCGUCCUCGCGACGCACAGCGUCGUGGGCUUCCUCGAGGUGGCGCCUAUGAGCCGCGGCCACAUCGUGCUGCUGCCGCGCGAGCACGCGGGCAAGAUCAGUGAUCUCUCGUCGGGGGAGAGCGCGGUGCUGGGGUUCUGGUUGCCGAUUGUUAGUAGAGGGGUGAUGGCGGGGUUGUUUGGAGCGAAGUGGAGGGAUCAUGAUGAGAGUUGGAAUAUCUUGCAGGCGAAUGGCAAGAUGGCAGGGCAGACAAUCAAGCAUGUGCACUUCCAUAUCAUCCCGCGGCCGCGCCCGGAGAUGAAGUCUGUGUAUGGGGAGACGCGGGAUCCGAGCGAGAUGUUGUCGUAUGAGAAGAGGCGGGAUAACCUGGAGGAGGCGUUGUCGUCGAAGAUGCAGGAUGAGAAGUCGAUUGAGGCGUGUCAGCUGAUUAGGGCGGCGUUGAAGAAGGAGAUCUUGAGGAUGAAGUUGUCGGGGAAGAUUGCGGAGGGGGAUGAUGAGUGGGAUUUGUGGUCGAUGGAUGAUGGGAAUAAGGUAUUGCAGUUGUAG